AUGACGCACAGGAAAUCAGAGAAAUAUCCGACGGCUCCGAUGAUCCCCUCCAGGCUGCUCGUGUGUCCUGCGAACCUGCGAACCCAGGGAUUCCGCGGCGCAGCUGAACACUGGAGUCUGGCCAGUCCCACCCACGGCGAAGCACGAAGUCUCUGCGGCGGUGUUCCCCACGCGGCGGGUACGAUGGGCUCGCCGACACGGCAGGGGGUCGCCAGUCGACAACGUCAGGCGGACGGUGUCCCCAUCCGCGCCCCUCAGCCGCAGCUACGCUCUGCUAGGGCACCCAUCGCUACGGCGCAGGGUAGUCGCGUGUGGGCCUAA